CCGCGUCUGGAAAGGUGCGGGAUCCGCCGAACCGGCGUCGCACAGGCGCGGCGGGAGCCGGCGCGGGAUGGUCGCGCGUCCCCUGCACGGCAAAGGCGGGUAGCCAGCCAGCGGGCCCGGGAGUUUUUGGAGCCCUGAGGAAUACAGCAGUUUGAUCAAUAUUGUCUUAACAUGCUUCAAAUAAAUCAGUGACCACUUAUGAGAGUGAGGGUUUGCAAGAUAAAAGUGAAAGGGGAUGAAAAGGAAAUUUGAGCUGAUCUUCAACUUGAAGCAAUUGACAUCUUUACUAUUGACUUUCAAUACUGUCUCUAGGAUUAGUUGGUCUCACUAUGUUGCCCAGACUGGUCUCAAACUUCAGGGUUCAAGUGAUUCUUCUACCUCAGCUUCCUGCGUAGCUGGGACUACAGCUUCUCUCCAAGAUAAAAUGGCAAACCCUAAAGAGAAAACUCCAGUGUGUCUGGUAAAUGAGUUAGCCCGCUUCAAUAGCAUCCAACCCCAGUAUAAACUUCUGAAUGAAAGCGGGCCUGCUCAUUCGAAGAUGUUCUCAGUGCAGCUGAGUCUUGGUGAGCAGUCAUGGGAAUCCGAAGGCAGCAGCAUAAAGAAGGCCCAACAAGCUGUUGCUAAUAAAGCUUUGACUGAGUCUACGCUUCCUAAACCUGUUCAGAAGCCACCCAAAAGCAAUGUUAAUAAUAAUCCAGGCAGUAUAACUCCAACUGUGGAACUGAAUGGGCUUGCUAUGAAAAGGGGAGAGCCUGCCAUCUACAGGCCAUUAGAUCCAAAGCCAUUCCCAAAUUAUAGAGCUAAUUACAACUUUCGGGGCAUGUACAAUCAGAGGUAUCAUUGCCCAAUGCCUAAAAUCUUUUAUGUUCAGCUGACUGUAGGAAAUAAUGAAUUUUUUGGUGAAGGAAAGACUCGACAAGCUGCAAGACACAAUGCUGCAAUGAAAGCUCUGCAAGCACUGCAGAAUGAACCUCUUCCAGAAAAAUCUGCUCAGAAUGGUGAAUCAGGAAAAGAAAUGGAUGAUGACAAAGAUGCAAAUAAAUCUGAGAUCAGCUUAGUGUUUGAAAUUGCUCUGAAGCGAAAUAUGCCUGUCAGUUUUGAGGUUAUUAAGGAAAGUGGACCACCACAUAUGAAAAGCUUUGUUACUCGGGUGUCAGUGGGAGAGUUCUCUGCGGAAGGAGAAGGAAAUAGCAAAAAACUGUCUAAGAAGCGUGCUGCAACCACCGUCUUACAGGAGCUUAAAAAACUUCCACCUCUUCCUGUGGUGGAGAAACCAAAACUGUUUUUUAAAAAACGCCCUAAAACAAUAGUAAAGGCUGGACCAGAAUAUGGCCAAGGAAUGAACCCCAUUAGCCGGCUGGCUCAAAUUCAACAAGCCAAAAAAGAAAAGGAGCCAGAUUAUGUUUUGCUUUCAGAAAGAGGAAUGCCUCGGCGCCGAGAAUUUGUGAUGCAGGUCAAGGUAGGCAAUGAAGUUGCUACUGGAACAGGACCUAAUAAAAAGAUAGCCAAAAAAAAUGCUGCAGAAGCAAUGCUGUUACAACUUGGUUAUAAAGCAUCCGCUAGUCUUCAGGAUCAACUUGACAAGACAGGGGAGAACAAAGGAUGGAGUGGUCCAAAGGCUGGGUUUCCUGAACCAACAAAUAACACUCCAAAAGGAAUUCUUCAUCUGUCUCCUGAUGUUUAUCAAGAGAUGGAAGCCAGCCGCCACAAAGUGAUCUCUGGUACUACUCUAAGCUAUUUGUCACCCAAAGAUAUGAACCAGCCUUCAAGUUCUUUCUUCAGUAUAUCUCCUACAUCGAAUAGUUCAGCCACAAUUGCCAGGGAACUCCUCAUGAAUGGAACAUCUCCUACAGCUGAAGCCAUAGGUUUAAAAGGAAGUUCUCCUACUCCCCCUUGUUCUCCAGUACAACCUUCAAAACAACUGGAAUAUUUAGCAAGGAUUCAAGGCUUUCAGGUAUGAAUUAAAAGCAAAAAGAAAAAAAGAAAAAACGAAUUCAUUAGCCCCAAAUCCUUCAUCUCUUUCUAUUGGAAGGCUCAUUCUCGCCUGCUGGUUGUGGCCCACAUGGCACUUACAUUGUAAACUAUUUAGGAACACAGGAGACUGACAAAAAGAGCCAUAUGCACAUGCCUCAUUUUCUCUUAUUUUCUGUCUAUCCUGUCAUUCUUUUGCUGCCUGACUCUUCUCCAUUUUCCUACCACCCCACCCUUUUUAACCUUGAUUUUUUCAUAUUCUGUUCUGUCUUCCAAUUGGCCGUGACUAGGUGCACCUAUCUCCUCACUCUGUCUUCCACAAAUGAAACUUCUGCUUUGAGACAUUUGGUGUUAGUACUUCACACUCAUUUCUCUUUCUCUUUUUACAUAAGGGUUGAGUUUUUCUUGUGAUGAUUUUACUUUCAUAGCAGUUUUGAAUUUGACAUUCUUUUGCUAGUACUGAUUCAGGUACACCAGUAAGGUACAACAUCCUAGAAGUCUGUUAACCUUAUUAGUUAAUUAAACAUGGUCUUUGAACAAUAAUGAAAUGCUUUCUAUUUGUUUGAGGCAUAAUGAAGUGUAUUUGUUUUACUGGAUCAUGUUUUCAACAAUGUAGGUAGAAUAGAGAAUAGCACCUGCUUCUGAUGGUGCCAACAACACUUUCACUGGGAACUUAAAACCAGCUUACAGUUUUAACUUCAUUUGUGUAUGUGAAUUUGCAGGUGGAAGCCCCACCCCUCCACCCAUUUAUUCUUUGUUCCGUUUUGGAAGAAAACCCCCCACAAAAUCAACACUCCUUUAUGGAUAUUUCAGAGCCUUUAAAAGAAUUGUUAACUUUAGGAAGGGGAAAUAAAUGUGUCCCAAUUUCUUAGUUGCCUUGAAAAUCAUGUACUGAACUGUAUCCACCAACUGAUUGGAUGAACUGCAGCUUGCUUGUGUAUAGAAAGAUACUGCUCCCCUGACUUCACUGUUUUUACCCCUUUCCAUCUUAAUCUUAUUCCUCUAGACCAAAAACUGUAAUUUCCUUUAGAAAUGCUCUAGAAGAUCUGUAUUGUGUAGAAUGAUCAUGUAUUUAUAAACAUUUUACAAGUUUAGAUUAUAAAAUGAGAAAGAUCAUGUGUUUUGGGGGGCAUUUUGCAUGUUUGGUUUUGUUUUUUUCCUUCGUAAAACCGUUCUGAUUCUUUCAGGUUUAUUGCCAGGGAGUUGUUAGUGUUUUUAAUUGGACUAUUAAUACGAAAUUAAAGAAGCUGUCAUCAGUUACUGGCUCUGUCAUCUGAAAUUUUAAAUGCUUAAUUUCAGAACCUGUUUUUGUUGUUUACCUUAAGAAUCACAAUAAAUCACUGUUAAAAUAAGACCUUGAUUCAUAUAGUUAAAGUACUGGAAAAAAAGCUAAGUAAUAUUUAGUUCUAUUAGUAAUCUACUUAGGAUGAAUUAGAAAUAAACUGUGAUGAAAAGAAGUUCACUGCUUAUUUAUGAAUCUGGUCAUUUAGAAAUGUCUGAGAGUAAUGCUACACUUUUAUAGAAACAAAGCACAAAUUGCAUUUGAGCUCCAAUUGAUUUUUUUUUGCUUGGAUAUAUUACAAUAGAUAUGAUUUUACUGCCAGCAGAACUUAAGUUUUAAAUUUUGUUCUUAUGUGUUAGUUUUUGUCAAUGAAAACAACUAUACUUUUAACAAAUCUUCACUUUAACCAAAAUGCAGAGUUGGUAUCCCCAUUACUGGGCUGUCUGCUUAGACCUCUUUUAAAAGCUUAUGCUGAGAUAAUAUACUGUUAUUUAUAGACAAGUUAAACAUUUCCAGAUCUGUGUACUGUGAUUUUUACAUACUAAUGAAUAUAAACAGGUAACUUAAAACAUCACUGUGCUUCUUUGGCUGAACAAGCUGGUAUUAAUGUGAAGUACUGUGUUGCUUAUGACUCACAACCUGCAUCUGGGCAGUGAACACUCUCUGUGGGAAGUGGCCUGGGGUCUGUCACAUGCAUAGCUCAUCUUCCUCAUGUCAUGGUAGAAGGCUCUUCGGGGUUAAAAAUUUUAAAGCCUAUUUCUUUCUAUGUAUCUUUCUCAGGUAUAUAUACCUGAUAGAAAAAAAGUGUAGAUUGUUUUUUUUCUUAAAUGUUUUAGACUAUAGUUUAGAAAUUGCAGGAUUAUAUGCUAUUAUGUUGCUUUUAUUUCUGGAAUAUGAAAACAAUAAUUCUUUUUCUUUGUUUCUAGGUUAGUACCUUUUUAUUUUAUUGCAUAUUCAGCAGGUAUUAUUGCUUAUUGAAUAUUGUGUAAACCCUUCUUUAGUCUUCCUUUGCCCAUUGGAUUUAAGCCUGACCAAGCUACUGUAUGUGACAGUUAUAUUGUAUUAUGAAGUAAAAAUAUGUGAGUUUGUGGAAAAC